AUGUCUCUCCGGCUGAGCUGCUGUGACCCAUUGGAAAGCAGUGAAGGUAGCGUACAGGGCAGAAGGGUGAAGGGGAUGAAGCAUGUUUCUCUGGUUACCAGUUGCUCUGUCUCCUUUUGGGAGCUCUGUGAAGUUGCCUUCCUGUACUCCGUGUCUCAGGCCGUUGCUGACUGUGCUCCAAGAUGGCAAAGCUCCAAAGAUAGCCUUAGCUGGCAGGGGAACUACACUCUGUCAUUUUUAGAUCCUCAUUUCUUGGUGUAUUCAUAUAACAAAUCAGGAGCAUUGCAAUCACGUUCUUCAUUUUUAAAGGAUCAUUGCUUUUACCGAGGAUAUGCUGCAGAAGUUCUAAACUCAGUUGCGACACUUAACACCUGUUCUGGUCUCAGGGGAUUAUUGCAGUUGGAGAAUGUCAGUUAUGGAAUUGAACCCUUACAAUCUGCAGGUACAUAUGAGCAUAUGCUUUAUCAAAUAAGAAAUAAGAAAAUCGACUUCUUCCCCUCACAAGGAAAUUACCUGAUGAAGCCACCUGAGGAUCAAGUCAACAGGAUUCUUGUGAAAUCAGAAAAAAAUCCAGAUGCCAUUCUGUUGAAAAGAAAUUUGAAAGUACAAAUCAUCUUGGACAAAGCUUUGUAUGAUUAUAUGGGCUCUGAUGUGGCAAUUGCAGAAGAGAAAGUUGUCCAGAUGUUUGGUCUUAUCAACACUAUGUUUUCUCAGUUGAAAGUGACUGUUAGGUUAUCUUCCUUGGAGCUCUGGUCAGAUAAAAAUAAGAUUUCAACAAAUGGUGAUCCUAAUGAUAUACUGCAAAGGUUUUUGGCAUGGAAAGAAGCAUAUUUGGUUCAAAGGCCUCAUGAUAUGGCAUACUUGUUAAUUUACAGGGACUAUCCUAAUUACGUAGGAGCAACAUAUCAUGGAGUGGCAUGCAAUCCAAAAUUGGCAGCAGGAAUUGCUCUGUAUCCAAAGCUGAUAACUUUAGAGGCAUUUUCGGUUGUUAUGACACAGUUGCUUGGAAUUAAUCUAGGAUUAACAUAUGACGCCAUCUAUAAGUGUUACUGUCCAGGAAGUACGUGUAUAAUGAAUCCUGAUUCAAUACAUUCCCAUGGUGUAAAGUUUUUUAGCAGCUGCAGCCUGGAUGAAUUUAAGCAUGUAGUUACACAACCUGAAUUUGAAUGUCUUCAGAAUCAAAUAAUUUCAAAAGUGGCUUUCCAAGGAAGACAAAGUCAUUCGACUUGUGGCAAUGGCCGUUUGGAGCCACCAGAGGAGUGUGAUUGUGGCAGUGCAGAGGCCUGUGAAUAUAAGAAAUGCUGUAAUCCUCUCGACUGUACUCUGCUUGAAUCUGCAGAAUGUGGCACUGGACCAUGCUGUAACCCAAAAACUUGUCAAGUAACCGAACACGGGGAAGUUUGCAGGGAAAGCGUAGAUCCAUGUGAUCUUAUAGAAUAUUGUAACGGAACGUCUGAACUGUGUGGACCUGACAUGAACACUCUUAAUUUCGAACAAUGCCUGAAUGAGACUGCUUUUUGCUAUAAUGGCCUAUGCCGAUCCAUGGAUAGACAGUGUUUCGAGGUGUUCGGAAAAUUUGCAAGGGGUGCUGAUUAUCUAUGUCUACAGGAAGUGAAUUCUCAUGCAGAUGAUUUUGGACGCUGUAUUGGAAGGACUUGUACUUACGAGGGAAUCCUUUGUGGAAAGAUAGUUUGUCACUGGACAACAACAGAUCUAGUAACAAUGGCAGAUUAUGAUGUUCAGUAUACUUACGUUGCAGGACGUGUGUGUGUGUCUGCAGCUGUAACAGAGGCUGCAUUUUGGAGCAUAUUUGAUAAUACCUUUGUGGAGAUGGGCACUAUAUGUGGUUCGGAUAAGGUUUGUAAUACCAACCAUCAUUGUCAGUGUGAAGCUGGAUACGCACCUCCUAAUUGUGUGCCAGCACCAUCAUCACAAGGCGGAAGUAUAGAUGAUGGAUUUUGGCAAUGGGGAGGCGUCUUCAUCCAUGCCCCUACCCGGGACAAGCCGGGUGAACCCAGGGUACUAGUAGAUGAGUCCGCUGUCAGCGUCAGAGCCCAGGGUUGGAUUGGCGAUUCUGAAGAAAUAAUGUUGCACGUCACAGUUCCACGGAAGAUAAGGUCAAAAGAGAGUGAAGAUUCAGGGAUACAGCCGGUAUCCAUCAGACGUCAGCAACGAUAUGCCUUGUUCCACAUCCUCUUCUGA